GAUGUUUCAAGCUGCUUAGGCUCAGAGCUGCGAUUUGCGAGCAAGCUGUGAUGAAAUCGAGCUUUGGACAAAUCAGAGGAGGCUGUCAACCUCCCAGGUGGGAUUACUUGUAGUUAAUAGACUGGACUCAGAGCCCCAAAAAGCAGCGCGUUCAGUGUAGGCACACAGAACACGCUGCCACAGGCUUUCCAAGAACCCCCUGCCAUGGCCAGGAGAAGCUCAUGCCAGCUCCAUCAGGUAAUAUCUCUGUUCACUUUUGCUGUUGGUGUCAAUAUCUGCUUAGGAUUCACAGCAAACCGAAUUAAGAGGGCAGAAGGAUGGGAUGAAGGCCCUCCUACAGUGUUGUCAGACUCCCCCUCGAUCAACAUCUCUGGAUCUUGCAAGGGCAGAUGCUUUGAACUUCAAGAGGCUGGACCCCCUGAUUGUCGGUGCGACAACCUGUGUAAGAGCUACAGCAGCUGCUGCCUUGACUUUGAUGAGCUCUGCUUGAAGACAGCUGGUGGCUGGGAGUGUACCAAGGACAGAUGCGGGGAAGUAAGAAAUGAAGACCACGCUUGUCACUGCUCGGAGGACUUGGCCCGGGGAGACUGCUGCACUAAUUACCAAGUGGUUUGCAAAGGAGAGUCUCAUUGGGUAGAUGAUGACUGUGAGGAAAUAAAGACCCCAGAAUGUCCUGCAGGGUUUGUUCGCCCUCCGCUGAUCAUCUUCUCUGUGGACGGUUUCCGCGCUUCAUACAUGAAGAAAGGCAGCAAGGUUAUGCCUAACAUUGAAAAGCUGAGGUCUUGUGGCACUCACUCCCCCUACAUGAGGCCUGUGUACCCGACAAAAACUUUCCCUAACUUAUACACUUUGGCCACUGGGCUGUAUCCAGAAUCACAUGGAAUUGUUGGCAAUUCCAUGUAUGAUCCUGUAUUUGAUGCGCAUUUCAAUCUUCGAGGGCGAGAGAAGUUUAACCAUAGGUGGUGGGGAGGCCAGCCGCUAUGGAUCACAGCUGCGAAGCAAGGGGUGAGCGCUGGGACGUUCUUCUGGCCUGUGGUGAUCCCUCACGAGCGGAGGAUACUGACCAUCCUGCAGUGGCUGACCCUGCCGGACCACGAAAGGCCUUCAGUCUAUGCCUUCUAUUCCGAACAACCUGAUUUCUCUGGACACAAGUAUGGCCCCUUUGGCCCUGAGGAGCGUAGUUAUGGUUCACCUUUUACUCCGGCUAAGAGACCUAAGAGGAAGGUUACCCCUAAGAGGAGACAGGAAAGACCAGUUACUCCUCCAAAGAAAAGAAGAAAAGUGCAUAGGAUGGAUCAUUAUGCCGCGGAAGCUCGUCAGGACAAAAUGACCAAUCCUCUGAGGGACAUUGACAAAACCGUGGGGCAGUUAAUGGACGGAUUGAAACAACUAAAGCUGCAUCGCUGUGUGAAUGUCAUCUUUGUUGGAGACCAUGGAAUGGAAGAUGUCACAUGUGAUAGAACAGAAUUCUUGAGCAAUUACCUGACUAAUGUGGAUGAUAUUAUUUUAGUGCCAGGAACUCUAGGAAGAAUUCGACCCAAAUUCAACAAUCAUGCUAAAUAUGACCCGAAAGUCAUUAUUGCUAAUCUCACGUGUAAAAAACCAGACCAGCACUUUAAGCCUUACUUGAAACAGCACCUUCCCAAACGUUUGCACUACGCCAACAACAGAAGGAUUGAAGACGUCCAUUUACUGGUGGAGCGCAGAUGGCACGUCGCAAGGAAACCUUUGGAGGUUUAUAAGAAACCAUCAGGAAAAUGUUUUUUCCAGGGAGACCAUGGAUUUGAUAACAAGGCCAACAGUAUGCAGACUGUUUUUGUAGGUUAUGGCCCAACAUUUAAGUACAAGACCAAAGUACCUCCAUUUGAAAACAUUGAACUUUACAACGUUAUGUGCGAUCUCCUGGGAUUGAAGCCAGCUCCGAAUAAUGGGACCCACGGGAGUCUGAACCAUCUCCUGCGUACCAACAUCUUUAGACCGACUAUGCCAGAGGAAGUCACCAGACCCAAUUACCCAGGGGUCAUGUACCUUCAGUCCGAUUUUGACCUGGGCUGUACCUGUGAUGAUAAGGCAGAGCCGAAGAACAAAUUGGAUGAACUCAACAAACGCCUUCAUAUAAAAGAGUCCACAGAAGAGAGACAUCUCCUCUAUGGACGGCCUGCCGUGCUCUAUCGGACUAGAUAUGAUAUCUUAUAUCACACUGACUUUGAAAGCGGUUAUAGUGAAAUAUUUCUAAUGCCACUCUGGACAUCAUACACUGUUUCCAAACAGGCUGACGUCUCUGACAUCGCUGCACACCUGACCAACUGUGUCCGGCCUGACGUCCGCAUUUCUCCGAGUUUCAGUCAGAGCUGUUUGGCCUACAAAAAUGAUAAACAGAUGUCCUAUGGAUUCCUCUUUCCUCCUUAUCUGAGCUCGUCCCCAGAAGCUAAAUACGAUGCAUUCCUUGUAACCAAUAUGGUUCCAAUGUAUCCUGCUUUUAAACGCAUCUGGAAUUAUUUCCAAAGGGUUCUGGUGAAGAAAUAUGCUUCAGAAAGAAAUGGAGUUAAUGUGAUAAGUGGACCAAUUUUUGACUAUGACUACGAUGGCUUACACGACACACAAGACAAAAUCAAACAGUACGUGGAGGGCAGCUCCGUCCCCGUGCCCACCCACUACUACAGCAUCCUCACCAGCUGCCUGGACUUCACGCAGCCCGCCGACCGCUGCGACGGGCCGCUCUCCGUGUCCGCCUUCGUGCUGCCCCACAGGCCCGACAACGACGAGAGCUGCAACAGCUCAGAGGACGAGUCGAAAUGGGUGGAAGAGCUUCUCAAGAUGCACACAGCCCGGGUGCGGGACAUCGAGCAUCUCACCAGCCUGGACUUCUUCCGCAAGACCAGCCGCAGCUACCCGGAAAUUCUGACCCUAAAGACGUACCUACAGACGUAUGAGAGCGAGAUCUAGCCUUCCGGUCCUCUGCGCUGCAGGCUUAUCAACUGGUGUAUAUUUUUAUAUUGUUUUUGUAUUUAUUAAUUUGAAACCAGGACAUUAAAAAAAAAAGCUAGUAUUUUAAUCCUGUACCAAAUCUGACAUCUUACGCCUGAAUGACUCCACUGUUUUCCUCUAAUGCUUGAUUCAGGUAGUCCUGUGUUUUGAGUAGAGCUUGUGAUAAUUGCUGCCCCUUGCAUUUUUAGUGGAAGCUUCCAAAUGGUGCUGCAUAGGCCUUUAUUUGCAUUGAGGAAAUCUCAAUCUUCCGAAGCACAGUUGCCACAUUUAGUCCCGUACUGUAUUAAAAUACUGAUUUUGUAAAGUUGCAUUCAUUUAUUGUUAAUUAUGCCAGACAUAUUUAAACCUUAUAGACCAAUAUAGACCAAUCUUAAAUAUAAUAAAUCACACAUUCAGUUUUU